UUUAGUAUCAUUUAAAUAAUUCGUAUUCAAAGUUUUUUUCAUAAAUUGAACGCUGACCCAAAGUAGUCGAGAACUGGAUUCCUAACAAUUUUAUCAUAGUGUAAAAUUCGUCUUCGUGUAAGCGCUGUCAUCGAUUUAUUAUUAUAAGUAUAUCUAUAUUAUAAAAUAAUUAUUAUACGUGCACGUCUUCUUGACUACCUUACAGUUACAUUCUCGAAAUAAAGAAAUAGUAAAAAUGGAAAAUUUUCGGCAACGAUUAUGUUUUUCUACGCCUACGAUAUCAGAUAUUUUAUUGGAUCACGAACGAAAUAAUGAUGUUCAAGAUUUAAUGGUAUUUUUUGGCGCAGAUAAAAUGGGAAAUAUGAUUUUAUUAUGCGUUAAUCAAAAUGUCAAAUUAAAACAAUCAAAAUCUUUAAUACAUAUCCGUGACCCCACCGGACUUGAAUUCACAAAUCAAGAAACGGAUAAAGGAUCCUAUGAAUUUUCUAGUUGGAAAACACUCAGUCUCCAAUUUCAAUGUACGGUACCUAUGCAAACAUGGAGAAUUAUAUUCAGUGGUCGUCUAAAGAACGGUGAGAAUUAUCGCCAUGUGAAGAUAAAUUUCUUGUGGAAGCCAUUUGGAUUUCCAGUGUACUGCGAUAGAAAUAAUACUUUUUUCAAACACGAAAUCGAUCACUCUGAUUCGGAAUACGUUAACAAUUUAUUGGGAUUCGAUCAGUUCGGUCAAAUUUCCGGUUUGAUAGUAGUAGACGGUAAAUCAGAAAUGAUUAACAUGCAUGCUAUGAAAUUAAGACGGUGGAAUAUGUCAAUAGACGACUCGAUGUUUGCUGGAUUUAUGAACACUGAUAUUAUGUGUUCCAUACAAAAAUUAAAAAGGAUAAACUGUCGUGGCCAUUUAAAAACAACUUCAGUACAUGAAAUACUAACAUCAGAUGAAAUACAUUUCAAGAAUGUAGAAAAUGAAAGUCCAACAAUCAAAAUACAUCAUAAAAAUUUGAGUUUAAACGCAAAUUUAAAAAGCCAAAUUAAUGUCAAUCUGAAUACUGUGUUGAUAAAAACCGUUAUUGAAGACAACUUUAAGGGAAUACUUUUAUGUUUCAAAGAUGCGUUCAAUACAGACAAUACAGUAAAAUGUGCAGAAGACAUUUCUGUUAACGAUCAUGAAGUCGGUUUAACACUUAACUUAAAGUCAGAAAUGUGCGCGUUCAGCAAUAUAGUAGGGAAUAAAGCAAAAUCUCUAUUCCGAUUAAAAAAAGCAAUCGUCAAUGGUCUGAUUAAUGAUGCUAUGGUUCCCGACGGAAUAUGCAUCACGACGAUCGCGAUGAGAACACAUAUUAACGAAAAUAAAGAAUUAUCGAACUAUUUGAACAACGCGAUCGAAAAAGCAAAGCUAAAUGAUUAUGAACAGUUGUCAAACUACUGUGAACGGUUGAACGAACAAUGGAAGUCUACAAAACUGUGUGCUGAGUUGCUGGAGGCGAUUUCGGACAGUGUGAGCGAACACCGCGUAUACGCGGUCCGUUCUUCUGGAACGUUUGAAGACGGAAAAUUGACAUCAUCAGCCGGUCAAUAUAUCACCAAACUAGGCUGUGCCGGCCAUACUUCCAAAGUCGCGGCGGCAGUUUUAGAAUGUUGGUCGUCAAAUUUCUCGGCGCGAGCUCUGACGUAUCGAAAGAAUAAUGGACAACCGCUAAUGUGCGACAUGGCCGUGAUCAUUCAAGAUCAAGUGAGCGGUUCAGGAGUGGCAGGAGUCGCGUUCUCAAGAGACCCAAAUACCGGCGAUCCCGGGAAAAUUAUUAUAGCUGCGAGUUACGGCCUGGAAAAAGCGGGUGUUGUUUCGGGAUCGGACGAACCUUUCGAAGUCAUUGUUUCUAGACUGCAGUUCGAUUCAGUUGUCAACGAUUCCACUACUUCUGUGGAGCUCCCGCUGACAACAUCCAAUUUCAUCGUUGAAAACGGCGAUGAUGUAAAACCGCGGUGUGUUUCCGAUAAUUUGGUCAAAAAGUUAGCCGAUAUCUGUGUCCGAGUGGAAAACGUGUUUGGUUCGCCGCAAGACAUCGAAUGGGUGGCUGUAGAGGAUCAAGUUUACCUUCUUCAGACGAGACCAAUCACGUCCAUAUUCACUUGGACUAACGACGAAAUCACACGAGAAUUUGACUCGGCAUUUACGAGCGACGACGUGGUGAUGUUUUAUAAUGUGAAAGAAGUCUACCCAAACCCUAUGCACACUCUUUCAUCGACUUUGGAUUUCUUUUCAACAUAUCCACUGUUUAAAUUGACCGAAACAGAGCCCACUGAUAUCUAUUGUAACAAACAGAUGUGCCACACUCACAACCACAUAUGUCUUAACGUAUGUAAAAUGUUUCAAGAUUUACAACCUGGUAGUGUUUACGUCAAAAUAAUUGAAUAUUCGAUAGCAGGAAAAUCUUUCUUAACAGAUAAUAUUUGGGAGAAAAUAUUAUUGAAAAAUCGCAGAUCUGUAUUACAAAAAAUAUUGAAAUCUUAUUCUUCAUUUAAAGAAACGCUACAUAUCGAAUCACUGUUAAACGAAACAUAUAAAUUGAUUUGUAAUGCAAAUAUAAAACAAUCAGAUACGGCGUUGGAUCUUUUAAAUAAUAUCAACAGUGUUAUGGAUGUUUUAGAAAAAGUCACUUAUUGUCAUGUUGCAUCAAGCAUGAAUAAUAUAAUAUCACAUAAAUCGUUGGCAAUAAUAGGAUUACAUUUCAAUAAAGACUCAGAUGUUGACACGUUAUCUAAUUUUGCUAUGUUAAUUAAUACACCAGACAUAAUAAACGUUUCAAUGUUGAAAGAUAUUCAAGCUAUUGCUGGCGUUAUUUCUGAAAUGCCUUCCAAAAAAGAAUUUUGCGAUUUGCCCGUUGAAAGAUGUAACGAUUGGUUAAAGUUGAAUUGUGAGAAAGGUUAUGGCCAACUGGAAGACUUUAUUAAAAAAUAUGGACACAAAGGUGUUCAAGAGUUAGAUUUUGGUUCAGAAACAUGGUCAACCGAUCGCAACCGAUUGUUUUCGUGUCUCCAAUCGUUAAUAUUGUACAGAAAUCAUCGACCCGAUAAAAUAUCAGUAGAAAUCGAUUCUAGAAGAUUUACAAGAGGAUGUUUUAAUAAAAUGAUAUUCGAUUAUUUACUAAAAAGAUAUCGUCAAAGCAUUUCAUAUAGGGAACAAUCAAAAGAUAUGCUGGUACAAAUCACUCACAAGCUGAGAUUGGGUUAUCGAAAUCUCGGCGAAAAACUUGUGGCUGAGGGAAAAAUACCGGAUUUGAAACUCAUUUUUUUCAUGUCUCAGUACGAAGUAAGAAAGAUGUGCGAAAAUAAUAACUGUCCUGAAAUUGUGCACAAAGCAAUGAAAAGACGAAAAUUGUGGCCCGAUUGGGCAUUGUUGCAAUUUGAUGACGUGUGUUACGGACCACCUGUUCCUAAAAAAAAUUUAGACGAGGAAUUUGUUUACAGUUCCAUAAAGUUACGGUUAAAAGGUUUUUGCGUGUUUCCUGGAGUGAUUAAAGGUCGUGCGUGUGUACUAGAGCACAUCGAAGAUGCACGUUACUUACGGACAGGAGACAUUUUGAUCGUAAAAUCCGUCGACAUAGCUUGGUCACCAUAUUUUCCGAUUAUUUCCGGUUUAGUCACGGAGAUCGGUGGUGUAAUAUCUCACGGAGCUGUUGUCGCCAGAGAAUACGGAUUACCCUGUCUUGUUGGAGUACAAAAUGUCAAAAAAUAUUUUAAAACGGGUGAUAUGGUAAUUCUAGAUUCCGAGGAAAGAUUUAUCAUUAAAGAUGAAAAUAUUAUGAAGAAUUGA